AUGGCGACCAGCAGCGAUCAAGAACUCUCGUUUGUUAGUAACUUCGUCGAUUCCAAGCCAACUGAGCUCUACACACCCAACGGAACUAUACCAAGUUUAGAGGACGACGAGAGCUAUACCUUCCGCGUCAGUACGUCAAAAAUGGGUGAGAAUCUGCCCCGAUUAGCGCUACGAGACGACUAUGAAGUCAGUGAUGAGGACGCACCGCUAAUAUGUCCCUCUGACAGCGACGACAGGCUGUGUGCAGUGAAUGUCGCCGACCACCAUUGCCAUACUGGGCAGGCUCCUACGAAAAACAGCAAAGCUCAGAGACAGCUAACAAUUGCAUGUGUCGUCGUUCUUAUUUUCAUGAUAGCUGAAGUUAUAGGUGGUUACUUUGCCAACAGUCUUGCUAUCAUGACAGAUGCUGCUCACAUGCUGAGUGACUUUGCUAGUUUUCNUAUCAGUCUAUUUGCAUUAUGGAUGGCUACUAGACCAGCCACUAGAAGAAUGUCAUUUGGUUACCAUAGAGCUGAGGUGAUUGGUGCUGUAGUGAGUGUGCUCAUCAUUUGGAUACUGACUGGUGUAUUGGUCUAUAUGGCAAUACAACGUUGUAUAGACCAGGAUUAUGUAAUUAAUGCAGAUAUUAUGAUAUUAACAGCUGGCUGUGGUGUUGCUGUCAAUAUAUUCCUCGGGUGCGUUCUUCAUCAGGCAGGUCAUGGCCAUAGCCAUGGAGGCAUGGGUCAAAGUUCACACAGCCAUGGAAACACAGAUCGUAGUUCACACAGUCGCAGUUCAAAUGUCACUGAGUCACAAAAUGGUGCAAACUAUGCUGUGUCCCAUAGCAACAGUGCCAACCAAUCAGAUUUGCUUGUUAUAAAUGACUGUGAAAAGUCUUUAACUGUGAGUGAGAAUAGUUCGACAGACGCACAGACAAAAAAAGAAAAAAGGAACAUUAAUGUGCGAGCAGCAUUCAUCCACGUAUUAGGGGACCUUAUACAGAGUAUAGGAGUUCUUAUAGCAGCGUAUAUCAUUAAAUAUCAGGUAAGUGAAAUAAUAAAGUCUGUAUCUGAGAAACAUACAUGUAUUAGGAGACCUUAUACAGAGUAA